AGAGCUCCGACAGCCGGGGAUGGAGAGGACGGGUAUUGUUGAUGAGAAUGGGGCAAUGACGAAUGAGUUUGUGGUGGGGGAGUUUGAUGAGGAGGUGAUAGACAGUGUGGUGGAUGAGAAGAAUGGGAGUGAUGAGAAUGGAGGAGGAGUUUUGAGGGGUAAAAUUGGGAAAUUUAAAGUUUGUGAUGAGAGUAUGAGGGAUUAUAUUCCUUGUUUGGAUAAUAUGGAGGGAAGAUUGGAAAGGCAUUGCCCUCCAAAAGGAAAAGGAUUGGAUUGUUUGGUGCCAUGGCCUAAAGGUUACAAACUAAGGAUAACAUGGCCAAAGAGCAGGGAUGAGAUAUGGUUAUCCAAUGUGGCCCGUACACCCUUUGCCAAAGGAAAAGCAGGCAAUAAGUGGGUAGUAAGGAAGGGUGACAAGUACAUAUUUCCAGGAGACAGGACACAAUUUGCCCAGGGUGUAAAUCAAUACUUGGAUCAGAUUUCUAAGAUGGUUCCAGAAAUUGCUUUUGGCCAACGAACAAGAGUUGUCAUGGAUAUUAGUUGUGGAAUAGCGAGUUUUGGGGCAUAUCUGAUGGACCGCAAUGUCAGCACAUUGUCCAUUGCAACAAAAGAUGUGCAUAACAAUCAGAUUCAAUUUGCAUUGGAACGUGGAGUGCCUGCUAUGUUCGCAGCAUUUACUACACACCGUCUUUUGUACCCUAGCCAGGCAUUUGACAUGAUACAUUGUUCCAGAUGUAGCAUAAAUUGGACCCGUGAUGAUGGCAUUCUGCUUCUAGAGGUAAACAGAAUGCUUAGGGCAGGAGGAUAUUUUAUCUGGGCAGCAGAACCUGUUCACAAACAUGAAGAGAACUUGUUUGCACCACUUAAAGAAAUGGAGGAUCUUACUCGACGCCUAUGCUGGGAGUUAUUAAAGAAGGAGAGUGACAUUUAUAUUUGGAGGAAGCCAUUGAAUAAUAGUUGCUAUCUCAGUCACGCUCCAGCAGUUCAACCUUCUCUAUGUUCAGCUGGUGAUGAUCCAGAUAAUGUCUGGAACGUAAACCUAACGAAAUGUAUUACACAAUUACCUGAGAAUGGCUAUGGAGCUAACGUGACUGCUUGGCCUGCACGCCUUCACUCUCCACCGGACAGGCUGUUUAGUAUAAAAAUGGAUGCUGAAUUAUCUAGGAGGGAGAUUUAUAGAGCAGAGUCAAAUUUUUGGUAUACCGUAAUAAAAGGAUAUAUUGGUGCUUUCCGUUGGGAGACGUUAAACCUACGAAACGUGCUGGACAUGAGAGCUGUAUAUGGGGGGUUUGCAGCUGCAUUGCAUGAUUUCAACUUCGAUUGCUGGGUUAUGAAUGUUGUUCCCGUUAGUGGUCCUAAUACACUGCCUGUUCUAUAUGACCGGGGUUUCAUUGGAGUCAUGCAUGACUGGUGUGAGCCAUUUGAUACUUAUCCAAGAACGUAUGAUUUAGUCCACGCAGCUGCUCUUUUCUCAGUCGAAAAAAACAGAUGCAAUGUGACAACUAUCAUGCUUGAAAUAGACAGAAUUCUUAGACCCGGGGGACGAGUUUAUAUUCGCGACACCACACCUGUUAUCGAAGAGCUUGUAGAAAUUGCACAAGCCUUAGGAUGGGUGUCAUUUAAAUAUGAUAGCAGCGAGGGACCUCAUUCUAAUUGGAAGCUUUUGAUAGGCGAAAAGCGUCUAUAAUAAAAAAGAGCAUCUCAGUGCACAAAAAGCAUCCCGCAUUAGUUAUAUGUUUUGAUACAACACUUAUUUCUAAAGAAGAUAGAUGGUUUAAUACAAAAUUGAAAAAGCCUCAAUGUCUCUGGAGAGAAUUUUAUUUUUUUUUAAACUGUAAAUAAUUGAGCAAUUUGGUUACUUUGAA